GUUUUCUUGGCAUUUUUUUCACUGUACUGAAUCAGUUUUCCUCAAUUUCAUAAGCUAAAGAAGUGUCAGGUUGUUUCUCAUUCCUUGUCUUUUUUUCCACUUUACAGUUUUAUAUCUUUUUUAUUUAUAUUCUUUCUUUAUUCCUUUUUUCUUAUUGCAGAUUGGUUUAAAGUCGGAAUUCACUUUAUCACGCUUAUAAUUGUGCCCAUUUCAGCCACUUUGUUUCACAACGACGAUACACAGAAAGGCACAUUCACUCAUACCAGCUACUCACUCGCCUCUCAGCUUUUAAAAUUGAUUCAUGUUGCCUCUGGUAUCUCUGCACACGCUGCUGCCGCGCAGCCGAUCCGCCGCGCUCGUCAGCAGCCGCGCGAUGCGGCGACUUGGCCAGUCUGGAGGCUCAAGUCUCAGAGCACAGCAGACAAUCUCAGAGGCAUAUACCCGAGGAAUCAAGAGCACCAAGCCGUGGGAUACGUCCAUGCGCUCAAUUCACACUUCGGUAAGGCUUUCCAACAGUGAAAGGGACAAGAGGGACGAUGAUGUUCCGGCCGGGUUUGAAAACUUUAUUGACAAGUCGCCAAAGAAGUGGCGAUCCUAUGAUGAGAAGGAUGUGAAAGAUGCGAAGGAGUCUCCAAAGGAGCAGAAGACCAUCGAGGACGAGCCCGACAAGAAGCAGCAGGAGCAAAAGUCCGAGAAGGAGGGCAGCAGUGGUAGUAGCGGCGGCAGACGCCCGCCCAAGAAGGACCAGAAGGACGAGGACUUCUUUGGAAUGCCCAACUCGGACAACUGGGUUUCAUGGGUUGUCGGUGGCCUUAUCACAUACCAGCUCUACUCAAUGACCAAGGGCAGCGACAACCGGCAAAUCACCUGGCAGGAGUUCCGGCAGGUGUACCUCGACCGCGGCCUGGUCGAGCGGCUGGUCGUGGUCAACCGCAACGCCGUGCGUGCGAUUCUGCGCAGCGGCGCUCCGGGCCAGGGCGGCCAUGGCCAGAGCUCGUUCGAGAGGCAGCUUGUCGAUGCUCAGGACGAGCUGCGCAUUCCGUCGUCGCAGCGCAUCCCCGUUGAGUACCGCGACGAGGUCAGCGUGGGAUCCACGCUGAUCCACUUUGCGCCGACGCUACUCCUCAUUGGCGCAUUCAUCUGGAUGUCGCGCAAGGCCCCUGGUGCCGGCGGCGGCGCAGGUGGCUCCGGCGGAAUCUUUGGCAUGGGCAAGAGCCGCGCGCGCAUGUACAACAAGGAGACCGACGUCAAGAUUGCGUUCAAGGACGUUGCUGGGUGCGACGAGGCCAAGGAAGAGAUCAUGGAAUUUGUCAAGUUCCUGAAGGAGCCCGAGAUUUACGAGCGCCUGGGCGCCAAGAUCCCCAAGGGUGCCAUCCUCUCGGGCCCACCGGGAACCGGUAAGACGCUGCUUGCCAAGGCUACGGCCGGCGAGGCUGGCGUGCCCUUCCUCUCGGUGUCCGGAUCAGAGUUUGUCGAGAUGUUUGUUGGUGUCGGAUCAUCAAGAAUCCGCGAUCUGUUCCAGACCGCCAAGAAGAACGCGCCCUGCAUUAUCUUCAUCGACGAAAUUGAUGCCAUCGGUAAGGCACGCGGCCGCGGCGGCGCCAUGGGCGGCAACGACGAGCGUGAGGCCACGCUAAACCAGCUGCUUGUCGAGAUGGACGGUUUCGGGACCACCGAGCACGUCGUCAUCCUGGCCGGUACCAACCGUCCCGACGUCCUCGACCCCGCGCUGAUGCGCCCGGGUCGCUUCGACAGACACAUUUCGAUCGACCGCCCCGACAUCAAGGGUCGCGCCGACAUCUUCCGCGUGCACCUGGGCCCCAUCCUGACAAACGAAGACAAGUCGCGCCUGGCCAACAAGAUGGCAGCAAUGACCCCGGGCUUCUCUGGCGCCGACAUUGCCAACGUUUGUAACGAGGCUGCGCUGAUUGCCGCACGCGGCGGCGCAGCCCAAGUGCAGCACAAGCACUUUGAGAUGGCCAUUGAGCGUGUCAUCGCUGGCCUAGAAAAGAAGUCGCGCGUGCUGUCGCCUGAGGAGAAGAAGACCGUGGCGUACCACGAGGCCGGCCACGCCGUUGUCGGCUGGUUCAUGCGUCACGCCGACCCAUUGCUCAAGGUGUCGAUUAUCCCGCGCGGCCAGGGCGCCCUCGGGUACGCGCAGUAUCUGCCCAAGGACCAGUAUCUUUUCUCGACUGAUCAGCUGCACGACCGCAUGUGCAUGACUCUUGGAGGCCGCGCGUCCGAGGAGCUGUUCUUUAGCGUUAUCACCACCGGCGCGUCGGACGAUCUGCAAAAGGUCACCCGCAUGGCGUACGCCCAGGUCGUCCAGUACGGCAUGAACAAGCGCGUCGGCCAGCUGAACUUCACAGACUCGCAGCAGGGCGAGCAGCAGUUCCACAAGCCCUACUCGGAGGCCACCGCUGAGAUUAUUGACCAGGAGGUGCGCAAGAUGGAGAAGCGCGCUGAGGUCGAGAAGGUCGCCCAGCUGCUGCUUGAGAAGGAGGUCCUUGGUCGCGAGGAUAUGCUGAAAUUGCUGGGGCAGCGCCCCUUCAAGGACAAGGUGCAGUAUGAGGAGUUUGUUCUUGACGAGCCGUCGUCGUCGAGUGAUUCGCCGGCCAAGGAUGCUGAUGUUAAGAAGAAUGGCAGCGAUGACAGCGCUGCUAGCAAUUAGACUGCGAAUUGUGUUUUAAUAAAAUAAUUCUGAUUU